UGGGUUAGGCGCUAACUUUUCUCUCCGUUUCACAUGUCAUGUGAUUAAGGCUCUCCUCUCCUACAAGCUUCCCUAUAUGAACAAAUCCUUUUCUCUUUGUUUCUCUAGUUUCCCUAUAAAUACCUGCCAAACUCAACACAGUUCUCCACAUCCCCCCUUUGGGAAUUCAUCAACCAAUCUUGUAAGCACAAUGGUAUGCUUUAGUAGAAUUGGCUUCUUUUGGGGGCUUUUUCUUCUUGCAGCUCUAGCUUGUGAAGCUAGGGUUCUUCAAAAUUCAGGCUUUGUUCAAACCCGAAACACCCAAUUCAUCCUGAAUGGUUCCCCAUUCUUCUUCAAUGGAUUUAACUCAUACUGGUUGAUGCACAUCUCAGCAGAGCCAAGCCAAAGGAAUAAGGUCUCUGAUGUGUUUCGACAGGCUUCAGCUGCAGGUCUCAGUGUCUGUAGGACAUGGGCAUUCAGCGAUGGAGGUUACCAAGCUCUGCAAAUCUCUCCCGGAGUUUAUGAUGAACGCGUCUUUCAGGGACUUGAUUUCGUGAUUUCGGAGGCAAGAAAGAAUGGAAUCCGCUUAGUCUUGACUUUGAGCAACAACUACCAAGACUUUGGAGGAAGGCCUCAGUAUGUGAAUUGGGCUAAAAGUGCUGGUGUCUCAGUUAACAAUGAUGAUGACUUUUACAUUAAUGCAGUCAUAAAAGGUUACUAUAAGAACCAUGUCAAGAGAGUGAUAACAAGGGUCAAUACAAUCACUGGAGUUGCUUACAAAGAUGACCCAACAAUCAUGGCAUGGGAACUUAUGAAUGAACCGCGUUGUCAAAUCGAUUACUCUGGAAAAACCCUAAAUGGAUGGGUUCAAGAAAUGGCAAGCUAUGUUAAAUCUAUUGACAACAAACACUUGUUGACAGUAGGUAUGGAAGGAUUUUAUGGAGAUUCACUGCCAGAAAGGAAGCCAGUCAACCCCGGCUACCAAGUUGGCACAGAUUUUAUUAGCAAUCAUCUUAUUAGGGAGAUUGAUUUCACAACCAUACAUGCAUAUCCUGAUAUUUGGCUGAAUGGAAAGGAUGAUAAUGCACAAAUGGCUUUCUUGCAAACAUGGACGACUAGCCACUUGACAGACUCUAGGACAAUAAUAAAGAAGCCAAUGAUUUUUGCUGAAUUUGGAAAAUCAAGCAAGGAUCCAGGAUAUAGUAUAAAUGCAAGGGAUUCGUUCUUGAAUGCUGUUUAUACAAACAUAUACAGCUCUGCGAGAAGUGGAGGAAUGGGUGGCGGCUUGGUUUGGCAGAUCAUGGCUGAAGGGAUGGAAUCAUAUUAUGAUGGAUAUGAGAUUGUUCUAUCCAAAAAUCCAUCAACAAGCAGUGUCAUUACUCAACAAUCUAGAAGAAUGGCAGCCCUUGAUCAUAUGUGAGCAGGCCAUGGCUAGUAUGGUUUGAACCCCAUGUACGGCUAUCUUCAAGAGGCUAAAGAUGCAGAGUCUUAGUAAUAGAAGUUUAAUUGAUGCUUAGAAGCUAGGGCUUUUAUUAGUUAAUAAGAAACCCUAUGUAUUUCACCUCCCAUAAUUCUCAAUGUUAUGGAAUGAGAGUAUUUUGGUUUUAUUAUUCUGAUCGAAUCUUUUCUGAUAAUCAAUAUAUGAGGGUAUAGUACUUAGCAUCAA